AUGGACAAAGAUUGCGACAUGGUAUAUAAGAAUGUUUCUGACAUAUAUAAAUCUGAAGAAUUUAAGACCUACGACAACUUUGUUUCGUUAGUUGCUGAAUGUGUAUGGCAGAUAAGAGAUGAAGAUAGAAGAAGUAAAGUAUGGAACAAACAAAUAAGACCCGCUAUGUUUGAGAUGAAGAGAGCAAUUGACGCUUUAGUUGUUUUAGCAGGUAAGGUUUCAGAAUAUAACGCAAAAAUGAACCCGCAAUGUUCUAAAUGUAAAGCAGCAAUGAGGAAAUAUAACUACUCCGUCAAAGAGAUAGAACGUAUGAGAAACGACUAUGCAGACUUAAAGAAAGAAGCAGAAAAACCAGCAGAAGAUAAAAUGGACAUGUUAGAAUUUCUGAACAAAAACUAUCCAACUGCUGACGAUUUCCUUCUAUCUGAUGUCAAGAAGAAAUAUAAAGAAACCUUCGGCAUAGUUAAAACAUUCGAUGUACUAAAAGAAGAAAUAGAAGCUACGAAACUGUUUAGAGUCUCACGAAUUCAUAACGUUUACCAUGUAAAACGCUUAUAA